GCUCGCUGCUGUCGAGAGGUGGCUCGGCCGGCGCGCCCCGUAGUCCGUCCGGUGUAGCGAGAGGCACUCAUCGGUUCUCAGCGGUGUUUCCCGCUGCUCCAGAUUCUCAGACAUGUUUAGUACAUCUAGUGCAUGUGAAGUUCAGGUCUAUUUAAUGAAGGUAAAAACAUACAUGGCUCCUGGUGGCUCAAAUGAGAAGAAAACUGAUGAUGAACAGUCUUCAAAAGAGAAUUUUAUCCACCUCUGCAACCCUCACCUGGAGAAAAUGAAAGAGGACAUCCUGUACCAUUUUGCUCUUGGGACUGGCACACAUGAUUUUCCAGCAUUGUUUGGAGAUGUAAAGUUUGUAUGUGUUGGAGGAAGCCCUUCACGGAUGAAAGCUUUUAUUGCCUACAUAGCUGAAGAACUGGGGCUUGGAAGUCCUGGUCAUGACUACCCCAACAUCUGUGCAGGAACUGACCGCUAUGCCAUGUACAAAGUGGGACCGGUUUUGUCAGUCAGUCAUGGUAUGGGCAUUCCUUCGAUUUCAAUCAUGUUGCACGAGCUGAUUAAACUGUUGUAUCAUGCCAAGUGUUCCAACAUAACCAUUAUUCGCAUUGGCACCUCUGGUGGAAUAGGUCUGGAGCCAGGCUCAGUGGUUAUAACUAGGCAGUCUGUAGAUGCCACCUUCAAACCUCAGUUUGAACAGGUUGUUCUGGGGAAGACUGUAAUCCGCAGUACAAACCUGGAUGAACAGCUUGCUAAGGAGCUGAUGCAGUGCAGUAAUGAAAUCAGACAGUUCAAUACAGUCAUUGGAAAUACUAUGUGCACUUUGGAUUUCUAUGAAGGACAGGGGAGGUUGGAUGGUGCAAUCUGCUUAUAUAAUGAAGAGGAGAAACUGCAGUAUUUGAAGGAAGCUUAUGAUGCUGGCAUCAGAAACAUAGAGAUGGAAUCUUCUGUAUUUGCUGCAAUGUGUAAUCUCAGUGGUGUCAAAGCUGCUGUAGUGUGUGUCACUCUUCUGGAUCGUCUUGAAAGGGAUCAGAUUAAUAGCUCACAUGAUGUACUUGCUGAGUAUCAUCAGAGGCCGCAGAAACUGGUGGGAUAUUUCAUUAAGAAAAGUCUUGGGAAAGUAUGAAAUACCCACCUUUCAACUAGAAGAAGCAGAAACUGGAAACAAUGAUACAAACACUGAAAAAGGAAGGCAUGACUCUUGCAAAUUGGCAACCGCCCAUGAGGAUUACUCUCCUUAAAUUUGAUGAAUUUUUAACUUGAGAACAGAUAAAAGGAUAAAAUAUUGGAUUUUUUUAUUUAGUAAUUUAGUCUUUCUCUAAUUUUAAA